UAGGCUGCUAUACUUGUGUUGUAGAAAAACACGGACACAGACCUUACACGAAGGGCUUUGUUUUGCCUGUUGAUGCUGUUGUGAAGUAGGUUAGUACUCGAGGACGAUGGUUAGCUAGCUAAGACCUUAAGUAUUUUGGAUUAAAAUUCCUCAGGACCAAGAGGGAAGAAAAGAAAAUGAAGGUACCUGCUGUGCAGAGGUGGCUGUUGCACUGUUUCUCUGCUAAAGCUUCUUAUCAGGCUGGAUGGCUUGCAACCCUGGGAAGGAGAAGAUACAGAAAGAGCUUUAGAAUAAAGCUGCUUUCAGUACCCAUCCUGUUCUAUGACAUUUUGGGGCAGAAAAGCUUCAUUCACCCACAGUCACGUACCCAUCUUUGACCAUGAGCUGCCCUGAGUCUCAAAAGACGGGGACGAGUGGGAAGAAUGCUAGUUCUCUUCAUAAACAAGUUGUCUUCAAAAAAAGCACCCGUGACAAAGCUCUGACCAUCUACCUGGGAAAGCGGGACUUCAUUGACAACAUAGGGAAUGUGGAACCUGUAGAUGGUGUUGUAUUGGUGGAUCCUGCAAUUAUCAAGGGGAAAAAAGUGUAUGUGUCCCUGACCUGUGCUUUCCGGUAUGGCCAGGAAGACAUUGAUGUGAUUGGCCUCACCUUCCGACGGGACCUGUUCUUCUCUAGGGUCCAAGUGUACCCACCUGCUGACAAGCCAGAGUCUCUCUCCCACUUGCAGGAAUCUCUGCUAAAGAAGCUGGGGAAAAAUGCUUAUCCCUUUUUCUUUACCUUUCCAGAUUACCUGCCUUGUUCAGUCUGUCUGCAGCCUGCACCUCGUGAUGUUGAUAAGAGCUGUGGGGUGGACUUUGAGGUGAAAGCUUUCUCAACAGACAAUGUGGAAGAGAGAAUUCAUAAGAGGAACUCUGCACGUCUGCUGAUCCGUAAGGUGCAAUAUGCUCCAGAAAAGCCAGGACCCCAACCUUGUGCGGAGACCACCUGGCAGUUCUUCAUGUCCAACAAGCCGUUACACUUGAAAGCUUGCCUCAGUAAAGAGGUGUACUACCAUGGUGAGCCCAUUCCAGUCACUAUCAUUGUCAACAACAGCACGGAGAAAACAGUGAAGAAGAUCAAAGUCCAAGUGGAGCAGGUUGCCAAUGUGGUUUUGUACUCCAGUGACUACUAUACAAAAGUGGUAGCUGCUGAGGAAGCACAGGAAAAGGUGCAGCCAAACAGCAGCCUAACUAAGACAUUGACACUUUUGCCCUUGCUAGCAAAUAACCGGCAGACACGGGAAAUAGCUCUGGAUGGAAAGCUAAAGGAUGAGGACACCAACUUGGCUUCUAGUACUAUUAUUAAGGAUGGAAUAGACAAGACAGUGAUGGGGAUUCUGGUUUCCUACAAGGUCAAAGUGAAGCUUACUGUUCCAGGCAUGCUGGGAGACCUCACCUCCAGUGAAGUAGGCACAGAGCUGCCGUUUCGUCUCAUGCACCCCAAACCUGAGGAAAAGAACACAGCAGGGAAGGAUGGUGAAGCAGAGCUGGUAUUUGAGGAGUUUGCUCGUCAACAGCUAAAAGAUAUGCUUGAUGAUGAAGACAAGAAUAUGCCCUCAACUGAUGAGUGACUAGAAGAACCAGCUGCCAGAGAAGCUACGUAAUCUGGCAUCAAUUAGAAAUCUAGGGCCUAGGUUUCUAGUAAACUGCAUGUUCUCAGUGCAUGCAUGGUCUUUCAGAGAUCAACCCUGAGAUCAGUGGACACAAAAUCAUGAAUCUCUAUGGCUUAUUAAAAGUUUUGGCUCUAGAAGAACGUAGCAAACUCAAAACCUGAUGCUUACUUGAGCUAUUGGAGGAGGACAGGAAGGCUGCCAUGCCAUGACUUCUGCUUUCAGUGCUACCUAAUAAAAAGAUUCGUUGCUUUCAUCACUGAUGAGAGCUUAAAUGAUGGUUUGUGCAGGCUGCCUAGACUUACUCGAUGUCAAAGAGCCUCUGACUUUGAAAUGCUAGUGAACCAAGUCCUAGGCUGAAAGGCUGGCUUGCAGCCUUUGAUGAUCCACUGAAGUUUCUCAGCAGACUGUACAAAACUUAUUUUAUUUCCUUUUGGUUGCCUUUGUGUUUAUGCUUUACCAAACUCAUCUAGUGAAUGUUCUCAGUGCUUGCACUGUCCCUGUGUGGCUUACAUCCACUUUCUGUACCAUUAAAUGUCUUGCAAGUCAUCUUCCGCAGUGGCUAUAAUGCUGAGAUACAAUGUUAGCUUUCUAGCAAUAUUAACUACGUUAUUAAAGAUGAGAGAAAUCUGCACUGUCCAUGAAUUCCUUAACAAAGCUCCCUAUAUACAACCCCAAACAGAACUGCUAGUCCAGAUGAUCCUAUAUUUAAUCUAGUUUCCUGUAUGCAACAGUGCUUCAAAAGACAGUGCAGUAAAAUUGAGGAAAUUAUGGGGCAGCCUGCCCUGAGGAGCCUUUUCCAACAUCCAUCUGCCAGAGGUCGGUUUAUGCUUUAAGACAUGAGAUUGUAUUCUGCAAACUUUGUUCUCUCUUGUUGAUCUGGAUAUUCUCUUUAUCCAUGUAAAUGUCUAAUCCUUUCCUGAAUCUUACUUAUAUGUUGGCUGAAGUGAGUUGCAUCAGCUAAUUACAUUUUGCAUGUAAAAUGGCUGGUGUUUUCUUUUGCUCAUUUUUGCUCUAAAUUUGCUUUUCAA